CAUGGCAUCAAACAAUGAUCCAUUACUCGUAGAAGAAGAACAACAACAACGACAAGAAGAAGAAGAAGAAGAAGCAGUAAUAACCCGAAACCCAACCCACAAAGUUAUAAGCCAAACAUUACGAGGAACCACAAACUUAGCCAACUUACUACCAACCGGAACAUUCCUAAUCUUCCAACUUCUAUCACCUGCAUUAACAAACCAAGGAGACUGCAUAGAAAUAAACAAAGUCAUGACAAUUAUCCUCCUUGUAGUCCUUGCAAUAUCAUCUUUUGUUCUGAAUUUCACAGAUAGUUAUAGGGACAGACGUGGUAACAUUUUGUACGGGAUCCCUACAUUGACCGGUUUAUGGGUCGUUGAUGGGACGGUAAACUUACCACAGAGGGUGGCUCUCGAGUAUCGUAUAAAGGGUCGAGAUUUUGUUCAUGGGCUUACAUCGUUGCUUGUUUUCACAUCGAUUACGCUCACUGAACAUAAUACAGUUCGAUGCUUUUUCCCGUCUCCUUCGAGAAAUUUACGUCAGAUUCUGAAUGUACUUCCUCUGUUGAUUGGGAUGACUGCUAGUUUCUUGUUUGUGUUUUUCCCUACUCAACGACAUGGAAUUGGCCACACUUUAAGACACCACUGACAAAGAAUAUAAAAACCUAACUAAUUAAGCUUGUCUUAAUUAGUUUGUAUGUUAUAUAUUAUAUUCCAAAAGUUAAUUUGUUUGUGUAAAAUAUCUAUUAUUGUUUUUGAUUUGAUAAUAAUGGGAUCGAAAGCAAGCGUAAUAUUUGCACUUCAACCCCAACGUAAAAAGUUCCAUUAAACCUUGGAAAAAAAUUCCGUAUCUUUGAUUUUUGUCAAAACUUUUGUUUAA